AUGGUGUCCACUACUUCAUUUUCUCUGGCGAUAAAUGGCAAUUCUUACGGUUUUUUUCAAGGGGGUCGGGGUCUUCGGCAAGGGGAUCCUUUAUCCCCUUAUUUGUUCACUAUUGUCAUGGAGGGCUUGUCUAUGAUUCUUCGGCAAUGUAUUCAAGAGGCUUCUGAUUUUGGAUAUCAUCGGGGUUGUGAAGAUCUGAAUAUUACGCAUAUUUGCUUUGCGGAUGAUCUGUUUGUUUUUACUAAAGGCGAUGUCCAGUCGGUGGAGGUKCUUAAAAAGGCUCUUUGUCUUUUUCAUCAACGAUCGGGGUUAGAACCUAGCCUUGAAAAGAGUGAGGUCWUCUUUGGGAAUGUGUCUUCUAACAUUAAGGAGACCAUUCUUGAGUGUCUCCCGUUCAAGCAAGGUAUGUUUCCUGUUCGUUACUUGGGUGUCCCUUUAUCUCAAGCUAGGCUGAAGAUUGUUGAUUAUGGGCCUUUGAUAGAUAGGGUUAAAGGUCGUAUUUUUAAUUGGAAGUCUAAGUUCGUUUCUUUUGGGGGACGAAGACAACUCAUUAUUUCGGUCCUUCAAUCUAUUCAGCUUCAUUGGAUGUCUGUGUUCUUAUUUCCAUCUGGGAUUACCCAUGAUCUUGAAUCUAUUUUCCGGAAAUUCCUUUGGGCUCCAAGGGAGGAUCCGCGAGGUAGGUGCAGGUUAUCUUGGGAUGUGGUGUGUAGGCCCAUUAAGUCAGGUGGUCUUGGUAUUAGGCGUGUUGCCACCUGGAAUAGAGCUUUACUUGCGAAACAUGUUUGGGAUAUUCUUAGACAUCGUGAUUCUUUGUGGGUACAAUGGGUGUAUUGUCAUAUUCUUCGUUCUUCUCAUUUCUGGCUGGUUCGGAAGAGCUCUAAUUGGUCUUGGAUUUUUCGUAAGUUGUUGGACCUUCGAGCUCAUUUGCGACGUUUUCUUUUCUCCAAGAUUGGUAAUGGUCGGGAUACAAAUGCUUGGGAGGACUCUUGGCUGGCUUGUGGACAUCUUUCGGCCUUCUUAUCCUAUCGGUUUAUACAUUCUUGUGGGUUCUCGACUGGCACAUCGGUUAGAGAAUUACUUAUUAGUAUCGAUGGGGUAUGGCUGGAAGAGUGGUGUAACAGGAUUACUACACUCCGUUCUUAUACUGUUCCAUCUUUAAAUGAUGCUGUUUGUGAUGAAGUUCUGUGGGGGGCUGAUUGCACUUCUCGGUCUCUGUUUUCGGUUAGUACUGCUUGGGAAUCUUUAGAUGGGACUCAUCCGAUUGUACCGUGGUAUAAAUUGGUAUGGUCCUCGGGUCAUAUUCCUAAGCAUGCUUUCUGUUUAUGGCUUGCUUGUCAGAGACGUCUCCCCACUCAAGACUGCCUAAUUUGGAAGGAUGAACCCCCGGAUUUGAGGUGUUCGUUAUGUGGUAAUUGUAUUGUUAGCCAUGCUCAUUUAUUCUUCCAAUGUGUUUUUGCUCGGGAGGUUUGGGAAAGUAUGUUGCUUCUUGUGGACUUGAGGACUAUGCCGUCGUCUUGGGAUCCAAUUGUGGAUAUUCUUUCGGAUCGUGCUCGUCGACCUAAGUGUUUAAAGUAG